CAGACACAAGUUCAUUUAAGAGUGGUGACCACCUCCUCGCUACUAUAGAAUAAUUUGGUUGUAAGUUUAGUCCUCGAGGUGUAGCUGUGGGUAUUGAUUCUAGUUCCCUAUGAAAAUUCAGUGCUUAUGUGAAACUUUCUUGAUAAUUGCAAUUGCUUGUUGUAAAAUUGUUUCUUGCCAGUGCUUGUCAUUUGGCUUAGAGGCACAACAUUAUUUAAGUUCUCAAGACAGCUGUAUGAUGCAUUAAAUUUGAAACCUAAAGUAUAUUAGCUUGUAAGUGAAAUUAUUGUUGGUUUGUCUGUGUUCAGGUUUUAAUUCAGUUUUUCGCCUCUUUCCGUCAUGUUUUUCCUUGUACAAUUUUUUAGUAGUUAGUCUCUUGAAUUCUUGUGAUCUUUGCAGGGGGUAGCUCAAAAACUUCGAUGAUACUCAAUCUUGUCCAAAUGCUGCAAACUUGUCGGAGACAAUGGCAUCACUUAAUUUCUGUGCUAGAGCGUGAAAUUCUGUACCAAGUCUUGGAAAUCAAGAUACUAUCGAGAAGUGGAAAGAUUCUGUGAGUUCUUAUUUGUUAUGUGUACCACUCAUGUAAAAUAUUCCGUGUCUCAUAUCCCUUCAAUGCAUGGUUGAUCUUCGGACCAGAUGUUCUUCUUGAAGAAUGAUGGAAUGAUUUAAGAUAUGUACCUAGAUAUAGAUGACAAGUUAAAAUAAUUAUUGGGAACCCUGAAAAGAUGUUGAAAUAAUGAAUUUCCAACCGAGAUCCAACAAAGUGAUUCUACCCUUUAAGGAUUGCAGGUUUGUACAUCAGCAACAUCGUUUUGUAUCUCAAGUGUAUAGAUUUCAUAUUUACAUUGGAAAUAUAUAGUAUUAUAUCUGCAUGGUAAAGUUUUUAAGAAAAAAGUAAAAACAUGAAUAAGUUCAUUAGUCAACAUAAUGGGUCAGUCAGGUUCUUUGACUGUCCUGAGUUUUCUGCUGUGUUAUCCCCGAAUUCGGUGGAGGUAUAACUGAAAUAGUGUGAUGGCUGAAGUAUUCGGAUCUUAUAACUUACUGCUUCUGAGGCUUUUGUUGAUAAAGAAUUCUGAGUUUCAUUUGGAAUUCACUCUUUAAGAUUUCUCAAAGUGGCGAUGGCUUAGAUUCUUCUUCUGUUACCAAGAAACUUGAGGAAGAACUCAAAAAGCUUGAUGCACUUAUAGAGGUAAGCUUGUAAAAACUGAUAUCCAGUGACAAAAUUACUUCUGGUGAUGGAUUUGAACUCAUAACAAUACUGUUAACUGCUAAACUGGGCCUAGUGGAUAGCUUUUGCUUUAUGGGAUUAAUCAGUCAAUUUAUGCAACUCUUCCCUCCUUUCUUGAAUCAAUCACAACCACGUACGUGGAAGAGCAGUGGUGAAUGGCUAUACCUGUUUUUAUGGCGUUAGAUAUGUCUGCACAAGUUCCUACCCUCGGUCAUUGCAUGUUUUAGUUGCACUACCAGUGAAGCUUUGGUCAAUGCAAAACUUCUGGAUUUACUACGACUUGAUUGAAGUUUAAAUCUUCAGAAUCUUUUCUAAUAAAUUCUUAUCUUCUGUGCAGAAGUUGCAUGAAGAGAAUGAGAAGCUAUUUGAUAGAAGCCUCAUUAAGUGCAUCUCCGCAGGUGAUUGUUAUUUUCUGUUUCCCUAAUGGCCGAUGGAGUGUACAAUUUAUUUCCCCAUCAUUUUCUUGGGACGCAUAUGAAACAUGCAUAUCAUGUUUUAUGUGUCAGUGUGUUGAGUGCUUCUUCUGCUGCCAUCAUAUCUUUGCUACUCCCCUUGUUGUUUCACCGACAUCAGUUUUGCUACCGUAUUCUAAGGGUUCAAGGAUAUUGGUUGGAUUUUGUUACCUUUUACAACAGAUCAAGGUUUCUGGAUAUGUAUGUUAGAGCAGUUAUUAUGGAGCUUAUUCUUAGGGAUCAGCUUGUGGUUUUGGCUGCAAAUGUCUCAUAGAUACCAUUGUCUCUUACAAAUUGUUUUUUAUUUGAGAUCUAGAUGUUGAUGUUGCUUCUACAAUCAAUCCUAUCUUCUCUCAUAAUGGUGUAAUCCAAUCAGUAAAUGGCUUGGAUAAAGUUUGGGCAUUCUUUCAGGACUUCUUGAAUGUGCAUCUGGUACAUACUGGCGGGCAUGUUUCUCAAACAAUAAGCUCAAUCUUGUUAUUGUUAAGUAGUGAAAUUUGUUAUUUAUUUCAGGUUGUGCUUCUCCAACCUCUGGCAUGCUGCAUGUGUGUAAUGUAGUUUACUGUUAGCGUGAUUUCAGAAGCAUUGUUGGUCCUAAUGUUUUGAUUGAUUAAGUGACCUGUCUUUUGUUUACAUAUAUCUGUGGUGCACUUUCUCAGGAAUGAUAGUAACGAAGGACAGUCCACAUAUACUGUUCCUUUACCUUGGCUACUGCCAACUUGAUGGAACAGUUGCUUUGGCUAAAUCUAGCUCAGAGAUGGCCAAGACAACUACAGCAGUAGCAUAUCUCACAGCUUCUCUAAAUGACUUUGAUCCUGAACAACAAGACAGCGGUGCUGCAAUUUCAUAUGGAGCUAACAAGCUUCUAAUGUUGGUAUGCCGACUGAUAAUACAACACUUCCUUCAAGUUUGCUCCAGCCAACACUCUUUACUGUUAUGCACCUCAAUUUUUAUGUGUUGAAGUGCUUGCAUUCUUUGCAAGUACAGUAGUUAUUCCUUGAUUCAUUGAAAAGAGUAUCAAAGUGAUAAAGUAUAGGUCCAAUAAAGUCCUAGAUUGUCAUCUAUGAGUAAUAAUUUUCAUCUAAAGCAAUUUACGUUAUGUAUGUUUUAUUCACCCAUGUCUUAUUUGAUGUGAAAACUGGAGUCAACGGGUAUGAGUAUUCCUCGAGUUCUUUUGUUCUUGUGGAUGUUAAUGUUCAUUCUGAUUCUUGGGCCAGGUGCUCUGGGGAAAGCCCUUAUAUGAUUUCCAAAGUCUAUUCAUUAUGUUUGCAGGCCCUGAACUCAUUACUAAGCAUAUACAGCUUAUCAUGAAGACACUAAUGAUGCUAUCUGCUAAUUUUUGCAGGUUCUGGCUGCUGUUAUUAAAGCUGGUGCUUGAAGGGAGCAUGAAAUACUUGCUGAAAUCCGAGAUGCUGUUUUCGCCUUUAUCCGCAAUAUGGAGCCAAAAAGAGUGAUGGACAGACAACAUGCUUGUUUCUCGUGUUUGCAUUUCGUACAUAAGAUCUUUACUUGCAAGAUCACCAGAACUGCAAUCAAUGAAGGUUUAUGUUUGCUCAUCUUUUUCGGUUUAUUGUUUUGCCAAUUAUGAUAUUUUUCAUCUGAUUUCAUAAUUUCUUAUUCCUCACCACCUGCAGGUAUCUCCUGUAUAGUGCUUUCUGGAAAGGGUGAAUACUGGAAGAAGCAGAAGUUCAAGACGUGGCAGUAGUCCUAUAAGAUCUCUUGUACGUUAUGCAGAGGAGCAGAUCCAGGGGUUUAAAGUGAAUAUCAAGCCAGAAGUCCAAGUUGUCAUCUGUUGUGUGGAGGAUGCGAGGGAUUGAUCAGGUAAGGCUGUGGCCUGUGGCCUGUGGUGCAUGGUACUGAUUGCUUCUGUAUUGUUCCAGUGGCUUUGGAAAAAUGUUGGAUCUUUGAGAGCGACUAUUUGGAGAACUGCUGUGCCUCUACCUUUGAACUCUGCCUUUUGUUGCCAAGCAGAAAAUACAUAACUUGUCUUUGCUUGUCUGGAUUUUCAUUUUUCUUUCCGUCGUUACUUACAGUCUCAUAACCCAAUUCAAUAAUUUUUCGAUGCGGAACAUGAGAUGCCUGAUGUUUUCUUCAUGUUGCACUUGAACUGUUAUCUCCAGUAUAGGAUCCAUGGAGGCAGCAAAUUUCAGGUGGAUAACUGAGGGAACUCCAGGAGUAAGGAACUUGCUGCCGUCUUUGUGCAUACUCCAGCUGGUGAGCUGAAGCGUCAGAUCAGGUCAUGGCCGGAACACGAGUGGUCAAUUGAAGCUCCUUUCUACAGCAGUUAUGGAUGGUUGGAUGGUGGGACUUGGAGCGGCAAUGCAUCCUAGUACAGAUGCACUCGGGCAGCUUCUAUCGGAGUAUGCUAAGCGGGUCUACACUUCCCAGUUGCAGCAUUUCAAGGAUAUUGCUGGAACCUUGGAAACGGAAGAAGCAGAAGACACAACUCAAGUAGCUAAAUUGCGAUCAGCAUUGGAGUCCAUUGAUCAUAAAGAAGAAAGAUUUUGCCGCAAAUGAAAAGUGAUGCUGGGCUUCUAGCAUUAGCGAGUAAUGCACCUAUUCACAAUCCUUCAACUGCGGCUGAGGAUGCUCGAUUAGCUUCUCUGAUUUCGCUUGAUGGCAUGCUGAAGCAAGUCAAGGUGGACCUCUCACAAUGCUAUUUGCUGGCAUAUUUUCACUAUAUGCUUGUGUGAAUGUAGCAAGUUUGGAUACAACAACUGACCACCAUGGUUACUUUCAUGGGAUAUAUUGCGACAGUCAUCUGUUAACACCUUGAAUAAAAGUAAGAAGAAAGCGUUGCUAUCUUCUCUCGAUGAACUUGGGGAACGCAUGCCAUCUCUUCUCGAGAUCGUUGAUCCAUGUGCACUAAGGCAAAUUGCAGAUGCUCGCAGCUCUGUCGAGGUAUUUCGUUUUUCAUUUCUCACUUGGCCUCACCUUGAGUAAUGAAAAACUGUUCCGGAUGAUCCACAUUUUUAAUCUCUGCAAAAUGACAACGUUGACAAAUAACGGUCUUUUGUCAGAAACAAAUAAUUUGCAGCUUUUGGUUAAUUCGCUUUAUUUGUCGGUUUUGUUAAUUGGGGGAUUAUUUGGGAAUUUGGGCAAUAAACCGGGAGUCGAUUG